GUUUCCCGGAUGUUGUGGAAAACUAAGGCCUGAUUCUUCUACUACACGCGUGUAAAACAUCUCUGCGCGUUUAGGAGGCUGAGAAAGUGUGUCUGGAUGAGCAGAAGCCAUGUUUGGCUCAUCGAGGUCUGGAGGGGUGAGAGGGGGUCAGGACCAGUUCAACUGGGACGAUGUGAAAGUGGAUAAACACAGAGAGAACUAUUUGGGGAAUUCCGUCAUGGCACCGGUUGGCCGGUGGCAGAAAGGGAAGGAUUUGUCAUGGUACGCCAAAGAUAAGAAGGGUGGCGCAUCUCUGUCUAAAGAGCAGGAGAUGGCAGCGGUACGGGAGGCAGAGCACGAGGCCAUGUUAGCAGCACUGGGUCAUAAAACAAUCAAGAGACAACCAACUGGUCUUACCAAAGAGGAUCUUGCAGAUGUGUGCCGGAGGGAAGGGGAGGCGGAUGAACGGGACGUGGACAGGGUCUCUGGGCUCGGAAGCUCCAGGGCUGGACCGAGAGGAAUGGUGCUUUCCAAGCAAGAAAAAGAAGCAGUAAAAAUGGGGUUGCCAGUUUUCACGCAUCACAAAGCUGAUAGACCACAAGAAGCCAGUAAGAAUCCUGAGGAGGCCAACAGACCUGAUAAAGAGGAUAAAAGAUCUGACCGAAAAAAGAAGAGUAAAAAGGAGAAGAAAAGUAAGAAGGAGAAAAAGAAGAAGAAAGAGAAAACGAAACACAGAAGCAGAAGUGACUCUUCGGAUUCAGACUCCGAAAGCUACAGUAAAAGGCAUAGAAAAGAUCCCCGGGACCACCAUGGUCCUAAUCCAUCAAGGAGCAGUCAGAGUGGAGCCGGAGCCCGUGACAGCCAUUCAGGAGGGGGGCCAAGGGCCGAGCACAGGACCCUGACCCCCCCUCAACAGCACCGCCGCCGCCGGCACGACACGGACUCGUCCUCUGACGGACACCGCGCUGGUCGAGGCUCCCCGGCACAAAGCUACCGGCGGCGCCAUGAUAGCAGCUCAGACGACUGAUGCCCCGCUAUUGCCCCUUUAUCCACACCUCCUCACCCUGAGAAUGAAUCCGAUUGGCCCCUUUGUCAAACUCUGGACAACUUGGGCCACAAGACAGCAUAUCCAAUCUCAGGAAAUCUGUCCAAAACAUGUCUUGGGUCACAUUUCAUCAAAUUUUGGUUCAAGAAAAUGCAGCUUGUUUUAGGCUAUUAAAAUUUUUCACAUCAUUUCCCCCCAAAAUAUUCAAGUAAAA